GCGCUAAACAGCUUGAUCUUAGGUUAGAGUAUGUACUUGUUUUCGUCUUCUUUUUGACAGAAGAAAUCUCACUGGAAGGCGAAAAAGAUACCUCAUAGGAAAGCUGUCAAAAUGGACGAGGGAUCAGUAGAGGUAAUUUGUGUUUACGUCUUCACUCAUGUAAAAUCAAAUACAAAUUGCCACUUACAAAUCUUUAGCUACAUACAGAUCUGUAGAUCGAACCAUAGACUUAAACUUAACUUACGUUGUUUUGAGCAGAGGUUUCGAACCUAGAAAUGCGUGUUUAACUUAUUUAACCUCAACGAAAUACGUGAUAAACUAUUGCUCUUGAUAGCUUGAGUGGAAAACGAUAGGUUUAUCGAAUUCUUUGACAAAACAACCACUUAUGGUAGACGGUCUCGCCGGGUGAUACGUACUGGUUUGAUUUUCUUGUCAGGGUAAUCGAAAAUUAAACUUGAGUUGGCUUUACAUGGUAGGUCUUCGUAAACUCUGGUCUCGAGACACGAUCGUCCUAAAAUGGUAAAAAAGUGUUUCAGUCAUUGCUGAAGUUGCUUUUUGAUGUCACUAUAAACGUUAGUUAAAGCUGUAUUUGUAAGAGUGUACUAAACUGGAAGUUGACCUAUACAUAAAUAGGACUUAAAAUAUUUUAUAGUAAUCUUAUUUCAUUAUGCUUUACAUUGCGAAGUAAAUUUAAAGCUAUCAGGAUGUUACUAAAAGAGUAUUACAGUAUGUGAUAUUUUUAACAUCCCAUGAUCUUUAGAGGUUUAGGUUCCUUAGGGUAAGUAUCAUGUAUUAAAUUAAUUAGGUAGUAAUUAGUGGACGAGGCUGAGUCGAAUAUGAAGAAUUAUGCAGAUCAAAGAGGGUGUCAUCCAUUGAGGCUGAAGGCCUAAUCAGAUCACACCCUUCAUGUUAUGUUUUGGCUUUCGUUACUUUUAGAACAAUGGUUACCCUGCGAGCAGAGGUUUCUCUCUUGUAUGGCUUUUAGCAUUUACAAAGUCAUUCCCCUGGCUUACCUGUCAUGUGAACCAGCCAUGUUACUGUUGAUUCAAGCAACAAUGAUAUUGUAAAUGACUACGGUGAAACCUCUAUUAAGGGGACACCUUCGAGGGCGUCUGCUUAAUAGAGGUUGUAUAAACUGUGCAAUGUUUGUUAAUGAUCAACAUUCAAUGGUUACUCUGUACUGUGAUAAAGUUGCAUGUUGUUAAAGAAGCUGUCCAGAGUUCAAAUUCAUUACCUUUCACUACCAACUUUAACUUGUUUGUCAAUGCAAAAAUAUUAAAUGACUUCAGUCCAUAUUUCAAGGACGUAAUCCAAUACCACUAUUGUCAGUUCAGUCCAGUGUCCUCUUAAUAGAGGUUUUUAACAAUAGAAAUUAGCCAAAUACACCUUAUUUUAGUGUUCGCGUCCACUUAAUAGAGGUGUGCGCUGAAUAGGGGUUCGUUAUAAAGGGAAAUAUCAGACGUUCCUUUCGGGACCCAGCUUAGUGUCCGCUUAAUGGAGGGUGUCCGCUAACUUGGGGGUCCGCUUAAUAGAGGUUUCACUGUAUUAAUGACAGCCGUUAGAUGAUUAAGUUACCCUCAACUUGACCUCAAACCUCACAUGCCCUUUUUUUGCAGAGCUUAGCAGAGGUCUUCAGAUGUUUCAUCUGUAUGGAGAAGCUGCGAGAUGCAAGGCUAUGCCCACAUUGUUCCAAAAUGUGUUGUUUUCUAUGCAUAAGGGUAAGUACGUGUGAGUUGUCAAUUCAACAGUUCUGCCACAACAUUUCCUUUUUCUACACUGACUGGUUACACAUGGUGGAUAAUCAUAGUCAUUAUUAUUGAUCAUGUUAGGUUUAGAGUUUUUGGGCUCCUCACAAUAUUUUUCUUAUAACUGACUGAAGCCUUGAAUGUUAUGUUUGAACAAUAAUAAUUUAAUUUGUUUGUAUACCACAGUACAGUUAGUGCUUAGGUGUGUAGAUAACGUAAAAUUGCGAAAAUAAGCAUGGUUCUCAUUAAAUGCGGGGCAACCAACUAAAAAACUGCCUACUUUUAGGUCUGAGCUGUUGACUUUUGGGUGAAAAUUUUUUUUGGAGGGGCUUAUGUACAGAGGGAAAUUUGCGUUUCAAAAUCGAUUGGGCUAGCCUUAUUUUUGGAAAGAAAUUUACUGUUUUUCUCUGUUUUAUUUGUACUACUCGACAAUUUCCAAGUACAAGCCCCCCGGGGGGCUUAUAUUUGGAGGGGCGAUUUAACGGAAGGUUUUUUGAGUUAGGAGUUUGGGGGGCUUAUAUUUCGAGGGCUUAUACAUGGAGGGGCUUAUUUUUCGUAAUUUUAUGGUAGUUCAUGUAUGCUACAGUACAUUGUAGGAUUCUCAAGUUAGGCUUCUACACAACCGUUUUUAGUGUCACCAUGCAACACUCUUCGCAACAAAUGGCUUCUGAGAAUUGAAUUACAUUCCUUCCCUUUGUGUUUAUGGUCUGGCUAACAAAUCAAUCGUGUAUGAGAAACUUGACAAGAUGUGAGCUGGGCGAAUGCCGUGAAAUGAUCAUGAACAUUCUUCUCAAUUUUCAAGAAGUCAAUCAAUCCUAAUAAGUAGAGGUUUUGUGAUGUAAACACAAGUAAAAAAAUAAUGCAGAUAAAAUCCAACAAUGUUUCCGUAUCAUCAUGACGCCAUUUUCAAGAUUGAAGUUGAAAAAUUCGGACAAAGAGUAGUGCUACAUGUACAAUUUUGUGAAGAGAAAUGCAAAUUAAGUUCGACAUGUAAUAAUGUGCAUGCCCCUAGAUACUAUUAAUACAAGUUUAGUGCUAAAAGUCAAGAUUCCCUUGUUGCCAAACAAUCUACCAGGGGCCAGCGGCAAAAUUUUUUGUAAAUUUUUGAUCACAAUUUUUUUGUCUUUGCAAUGUGCUUUUACAUGUACAGUAAAUCUUGAAAAAGAACUAGUUUAGUUUUCGAAAUGUUUCAAAUGCUUUGAUUUGAUAAUCAAUAACAUGAUCUAACUUAAGUAAUGCAAAUUUUUGAAAGAUGUUUUAGACAUAAUUUUUAUUAAUAAAUACAAAUUGUAAAUUCUGUAGAGCCAGGAUUUUUGCCCAUUGGCCCUAAAGUCUGGUAUUUAAAUGCAUUAAGUAACUCAGAUUUACCUUUAGGGAACCAGCUAUAUUACAGGAGUCAAAACUUGCUGAAAAGUUACUGCCAAAAAAGUGCAGUUCACAGCAAUGAUUUCUGAUUGUUUGUACUGAUAAGCUUGCAGGUGUCUCUUGUCAGAAAUGUGUUUAAUUAUAUUGAAAAUGCAGCCUCUACAAUACACACAGCUUAUAAAGCAGAGACUGCUACCUAAGUGAGGAUUGAAAGUAACAUAGAAAACUGGAGUAUUCUGUGAAGCUUUCAAUUUAAAUGACUGUGUGCAAUGAAAUUCAAAGUUGUGAUAAUGAAACAUAUAACUGUAAGUUGCUAAUAAUUUUGGAUAGGUAUUGUCCAGAGUAUGUGUUAUGUACGGGCUUAAAUGUUUUCAACAUUAAGUGUGCACAUAUAUAUUGUUCUGCUUGAGGCCAUGGGAAUUGUUGCAUUACAUGUGUGUAAACCUGCUAUACUGUGUGCUAUUUACAUGAGAAAAACAUGCAUGUAAAGAAAGUUUACACAAAAGUACAAGGUAAAAUCUAUACAUAAUAAAAAAAAAAUUUUUCUCAGGCUAUUGUGUAAGAUGUAAUCAUGAUUUAUGUUUUGUGUGUUUUGUCUCCAGCGAUGGCUUACAGAACAAAGACCCCAGUGUCCACAUUGCAGGUACUCUUGGUACAAAAUAGCAUUUUUUAUUACUUUUUAAACAUUGUAAAAUUAUGUUUUGCACAUCCGGCUCACUGAAAUUAAAGGAUCUCUACUUUAAGGUAUAUAAGCAAGAAAUCUCAGGAUUUCAUCUGUUAGAAACCAGUCAUGUUCAUGAACAUGACUGAUUUCAUGUACAGCUCAUGUUUUAUAAACACAAUAAUUCUUGGGAGAAACUUGAAAAGUAUCUUCUUAAAGCCAGCAACCGGGCUGACUUUUGUUAGGUCUUGCAUCAAAUUCCUAUGAAUUGUCCAAUUCUGUCAGAUAAUAAUCAUCAUUUUCUUUUCUUCUGCAAAGAGCUUCUUUACAUCUUCAUGAGCUCGUUCAUUGUCGAUGGGUUGAAGAAGUUACACAGGUGAGGUGUUGUACUGUUCAUUGAUGCUUGGCAUGUAGCAGGUUAAAGCUGUGAAACAAUUUCACAUUAGCUAUUAAAUAAUUGUUAUAACAAGAAUAAUAAUAAGAAGAAUCAGGGUGCAACGAUAUUCAGUUUUACAGCUUGUCAUUCCGGCAAGCUGUAGCUAGAAUGUACUAGCCCAAGAGUCAUUCUAACUAGCCCGAAAAAAUUUUUUUUGAACAGGAUGAUCAGCAGGAUUGAUUACAGUUCUUCUGUAAUUUGAACACCCCAAAAAACCUAACUUGCCCAACAGAAUUCACCAGCCCAGACAGUAGGAAAAUCCACCAGUCCUGGGCUAUCAGGCACCACUUUCUUUUCACGCUGAGAAUAAUAUACGAUAAUAAUUUAUAGAAGUAAUGAUAAUAAUAAUAAACAUCUGAUUAUAAACCCAGCUGGAUAUAAGCCCUCCUCCGGGUUGUGUUGAAAUCAGUUGGAUUUAUUAUGACAAUUUGAAGCCUAAAGAAAAACCAGUAAAUGCAAAACAUACCGUAAAAUUCCGAUAAUAAGCCCCGGGGCUUAUAUUUUUCAAAGGCCCUUUGUGAGGGGCUUAUUUUUGGAGGGGCUUAUAUUCGGAUGGGCUUAUGUACGGAGGGAAAUUUGCAUUUCAAAAUUGAUUGGGCUAGCUUGUAGUUGGAAGGAAAUUUACCAUUUUUGCUUUGUUUUACUUUGUAUUGGAGGGCAAAUUCCAAGUACAAGCCCUCCGGGGGGUUUAUAUUUGGAGGGGCGAUUUAACAGAGGGUUUUUUGCGUAACGAUUUUGGGGAGCUUAUAUUUGGAGGGGCUUAUACAUGGAGAGGUUUAUUUUCGGAAUUUUAUGGUAUUUGAAUUCAAACUUUUAACCAUCACCAAAUAUCCAAAAGUAAUGCCAGUUCUCAAUUUCUCAGAGAUGUCUGAUGGUGAGUACAGUCAUUUACAGCUGCUAGUAGAGACUUCCCGUCACAUUUUACCUGAGGCCAUUUCAUCACUGCUAGAAAUACAAUUUUUCAGAAAAUCACAGACAGAUCACACAAGUUUAAAUUUAUCCACAAAAUUCACAGUUCCUGUUUUCAUUUCUAACAAUACAUGCACCAUAUUAAACCCUUCAAAAAGUCAACACAUGCAUUUACUUUGUCCUUGUUUAGAGCCUUUUUAUUGAAAUCAAGUUAGCAGUGUGUUAAAGAAGCGCUGUUUGUUACAACAUCGUAUGGACUAAAAUUAGUUAGAUAUUUAGGGCGCAAGCUUGAGCAGUUCAUGUGGGUGUUAAUAUUCUUGUGCCUCCAUGAAACAACCUCUUUAAUAUCCUUAUUUAAUCCAUAAUGCCUCCUAGCUAGAUUGGCUUUUUAGCUAUUUUCGGAUCAUUUUUACUGCCCACCAACCCCUCCCCUAAGCCAACAUUUUGUCCUAAGUAAGAAGUAAGCAUUAAUGUUGGUUUAGGGGAGGGGUAGGUGGGCAGUUUCCCAGGAACAUAAAAUGAUCCCUAUUUUCUAGUUGCCUUGCACCUUACGUACCAUAUUUAUUCGACUAUAAGUUUUAAUUUGUGUAAAAAUCGCUCGGCUUAUAGUCGAAUAAAUACGGUAAGUAGUAUUGCCUUUUUUUUAAUGCCUUUUUUUUCUGUGAUUUGUCUAAUUCAUAUCUCUUAUGCUGCUUAAUUUUGUUUUAUUUUAGUGUAAAGUAUUUUAGGCAUUUUGUAUUUAGCAUUUAACUUCAAUAGUUUUAGCUUCCUCAAACUACAUGUAGCACCAAGUUGCUCUAUAUUGUAAGUGAGUUUAAAUAAAGAUUCUAACUGAUUGUUAAGUGACAAUAUAAUAUAUGUACGUCUUGUGUGGGAAAAUAGUAUUGUUGUCAUUUCCUAACUGCGUAUAAAUUGUGUAGUUUUCAUUAAUGUUAAAUGUCAUUUUAGUGGAUAUAAAAAGCAUAAGACUCAUUAGGAAGUGUGUGGGACUUGAAAGAUUCUAUCAAUAGAUUGCCUGUCUGGUGGCCCACCUUAAAUUCCUAAAUGGACUUUCUAUUAAAGCGGUCUGAUCUAUGUUAAUUCAGAUUUUUUCACUACAUGUGCCAUGUUUUAGGGACAUGGUUAAUUCAUACAAGUUAGCUUUUAGUAUUCUUGCCCUUUACUUUUAGCUUUUUUCCUGUUAUAAAUUUCAGCAACUGGAUUCUCUUCAGUUAACUGGGCCUCCAAAAACCAAGGAUGAAGCAGAUAAAGAUAGGUGGGUGCUGAAUUAAAUGUCAGUUCAGAAUUAAGAAUGGGAUUGCAAAGUUAUUAGAGCACGUUCAAGUUAAAAUUUGCAUAGGUUUAAUUUAUUAGAAGAAACAUUUCUUGACAAAGCAGGUGUUGCCUAAAGCUACAUGCACUUUGCUAGGUUCUGAAUUUGAAUCUACACUCAUUUUCGAGGCCACAAAGCUAUUGUAUAAAAUGAAGUGAUUCUGUAUACACCAUCAUUCAGAUCAGACAUUGAUAAUACACGGAACAGUUACAUUUUUUUCUCAAAUGUAAAGUCAGCACCUGUAUAUGUAGUGGCAGACAAUUUUCAUAAUCAAACCAUGGAAAACUAUACAUAGUAUGUGCAAGCUUUGGCUCAAAAUUAAAAAUUCAAGUAAGUAUCAAUCAACCAUUUACAGUCCACUGAAAACAUUUCUCAGUUUGGUGAUUUUUGAUGAUUGAAUUGAAAGAAUAAUCAUGUUUUUCUGCCGUGAACUAGUGGGCUUAGUAAAUCGGUCAGUGCAUAUAUAUGUCUGGUCAUGGACAUUUCAGCUAAAGAGGACUUCUUUUGUAGAUAAGUAUGGUAGUUCAUUGUAUUAUUCAAUGUCUAUUUUGUAUAAAUAAUAGUACAUUUUCAAAAGUUAUGGUUCUUAAGGUGUUAUUAGUCGAAAGUAAUAUGUACCCAUAAGUUCUUUUUGUUUUCUAACAAUUAUUCUUUAUGUAAUGUCAGUUAAAUUUACUUUUUGUUUUGCAGUAAGUGUAAUUAACUUGAUUGUAUGUCUGUGUCAGAAAACAGGAAUUUGGUCAAUCCUUUGAACAUGCUGUAGUUUAAAAUAUGUUUUAUAUAAGAACAUAAUCCUUUUGAAACAACUGGUUUGAAGUUUCUUCAACCUGAAAUUUUUGUGAAACUAAAAUGUACACUGAACAUGCUAUAUCAUUUAGUACUGUUCACAAUAUAAUUUUUAAGUACCCCCUACUAUUUGAGUUGCGGUUAUUGUAUCAUUUGUGUAGUUUUUGUGGCAAGUGUGCAUAAAUUAUGCAAUAAUAAUGUACACUUUCCACUGUGAGACAGUGGGGCAGGGUGUUAUAAGUACUUCAUAUAGUAUGAUUUAUGAUCUAAUGGGUAUAACUCUUGCUUCAGUUUGGGUGUGAUGACGUUACAUGAAGUAAGUUUUUAUUAUGUUGCAGAUGUGAUAUUCACCAUGAGAAGCUUAGUGUUUUCUGCAGUACCUGCAAACAAUGUAUCUGUCACCAGUGUGCCUUAUGGGGUGGAAUGGUACAGUAAAUGUAUACAUUGUAUAAAUGAGAUUAAACAUACUUAAUAUUUAACUUAGUUAACGAUGAGAAGCUAGCAGCUCAGUGGUUGGCUUGGCGUUAGCAUGGCGUUUGCGUUUGUUAGUAUUUUAUUGGUGUACUUUGACGAGCUUACAGUUAUCCCAUACUCUGGCGUUUUUGCCAAGGUUUGCGUUACUGUACUAGGCCUGUUGCGGGGCCAUUUUCAGUGCCCCUGGGUCAGCAGUUUACUGUUGCGAUUUAUGCGCGCACAUUUACCUGUGCUUGUAGUUUUACAGUUCUAGUGUUUUUUCCCCUCCCUCCUCACCCCAAUAAUAAUAAUAAUAAUAAUAAUAAUAAGUCAUCCUUAUUUCUCCACUGAACUCUUGGUUCAGUGUGACAGGUGCUUGGGCUAGAGCUGGGUGUGGCGGGUGGGGCUCGUGGCUGGGUAUAUGGGUAGGGCAGGCUUUUAGGGUGUUCGUUCUACUAGGGUUCGGCAGAUCCAGCCCCCAGGUUCCUAGACACCCAACCUCCAUGUGCAAUUCAGGCAUUAAUGUUAUAACUGAGCAAUAGUUAAUUUUACCUCACCUAAUGUUUUGUUCGAUUUUGAACAGCACUCUGGACACACAUUCAAGCCUUUGGAUGAAGUGUAUGACCAACAUGUCUCCUCUAUUACUGAUGAGGUGGGUUUCUGAAUAAGUCAUCUCUUUAAAGGUGGACACUGUCAGGUCCAGCCACAAUGCUUUUCUAGAAUUUAUUACUGACAAUAAAAUGCUUGAACAAACAAAAUUCCUAGUGGAGCUCUUGUGCUUGCGAAGUGCACACCAGAGCACCAUGGGUAAGAAAUUUGUUUAUCUGUGCAUCCAAGAAAUUUUGGUUUGACAAUUGUCCGUACGUACGUCCGCACAUUUCUGUUAGGGGAUGUGAAACAUCUUACUCACCAGCUUAAAAGUCCAGGGCAUAUACAAAAAAUAAAAAAUUGUAUUUAACUUGAUAUUGGACAUUUGUGUUAUGAUCAAUUGACAGGACUCGGUCAAAAUAGGGUCUCCACUAAACAGUGUCACAUGGCUGUAUUGCAGGGUUCAGUUGUUCAGUUGACCAGUCAUAGCAUUCAACUGACUGCAGGCACAGAAAACUUCAGAAAAAAAUUCUUAAAAGUUCCCACAAGAGCUUUGCUUUUGAAUUGGCUAAAUCUAUAUAUUAAUCUGCAUAUUAAUAAUUGAACGUAGCCCCAAAAGAAAAGAUCCAUGACUCAUAGGGAGGUGCAAUGAAGUUAGUCUAUGUUGACUGUAAAUACAUGUAGAACCGUGAUUCUUCUUUUCCAUUCCUUGAGGGUUUUUGAUCUAGACAGAAUCUGAAGAUGAGCUGCUGUGACGUCUUUAUGUUUCAGGUUGCUGCAUUAAGGCGAAGACUUAUGGAACUUAUUAGCCUGGUGCAAGAAGUGGUAUGUUGAUUUGUUUGCAAAAUCAGUCAAGUUCUAUACCGAAUACCUUUGUCUUUAUUACUUUUGUUAUUGUAACUUUGAUGGAUUUCCAGUAGUUCCAAAAAUUCCCCAUACUCCCCUUAUGGAAGGAACCAGAAUUCCUGCAGAAGGAUGGGGUAUCAAAGACCAAAAAAUUAAAAGGAAUGUAGAAAGCUUAAUGGGAAUCUCCAGACAGAUGGGGGGGAGUUCUAAGGAAAAAAACUUCCUGUUCCAUGGAGGAGGAAUGGAUUCUCUUUUAUUGCAGAAUAUGAAUGUGUUGCAGAUAUUAGAAUAAUUCAAUAUUAGUGAAAUCCAACUAGUGGUCUAUUAUCAAUGCUGUGUUCUGAUUGGUUGAGCUACUACUAGGCUAUAUGUUAUAGCCCACUAGUAGCAAACAGCGCGGGCUUUUUGGCAGCAAAGAAGGAUUAAAGUCUAGCUUUAACUAGCUAAAAUUUUUUUAUUCUCGAUAUUUUUGACCAACUAGUUGGAUUUUACUAAAACAAUUAUUCCUCUUGCCCUCACGACCUCUGAGUCAAUAGCUCAUUUGGCUUUCAGCCUCAUGGGCUAUUGACUCAGAGCCCAUUCGGGCUCGAGGAAUAAUUGUUAAUUAUUUAUAUCUGUACUACUCUUUGGGUCCUAGUUAACUAAUUAUAAUCAUUAUCAAUUUCCUUCUAGGAGCGCAAUGUUGAAAGUUUACGAGAAGCUAAAGAGGAGGUAUAAUAAUAAUUAUACAAGUAAUAUUACAGAGCUGUGCUCUAGCAGAGCCCGGUGGCCCCUAGAACCUAACUUUUGUUCUCAGGGCUACUAAAAAAUCUUACUUUUUUGUACAAAUCAUAUGCUGGACACCCUAGAUUUUACAUUAUCUGAACACUGGGCGCCUUUCAAUUUUCCUUAGAGCACAGCCUUUUUUAGUUACCUGAUAUAACUUUUAAUGGUCAGUAAUAUAUAUGUUGCAUAAUUAAUAGAUUGUAAGGGAUGAUCAAGAGUUUAAUGUCAAUAUCAGUUUAUAUUAAACAAAUUUUUCUAUUAUUUUAUUACUCACUUGUGCAGCGUGUCCGUGAAAUCCGUAAUGCAGUGGAAUUGAUGAUAGCAAGGCUAGAUACUCAACUGAAGAGUAAACUACUGACUCUUAUGGGUAAGUCAUGAACUAGCAAGAAGGGGCACACCAUACUUUGAGUGGGACACACCAUACCUUCUUGUGUGGUCAUCCAGGGUGACUAGAUUUUCUUGCUGGGCAAGUAACUUUUUAAGCAUACUUGCCCAAUGGGUAAUGGUUCAGGCAGGUUAUCUUGUAGUUAUUAAUCAUUAACUAAGGGAACCAAGUAAUGGCCCCUUUUCUUCCUGUUUCAAGCCUCAACCCUGUUAAGUUUAACGUAUUAGCCCUGUCACCAUUGCAUUGUUUUGGACUCCAGUGUCUUUGUUAGUAAUAAUGAGUUAGUGCUUCUUUCAUACAAACAGGACAAAAGAACUCACUAACUCAGGAGACAGAAUUAUUGGAAUCAUUGUUACAGGAAGUUGAGCAUCAGGUUUGUAUCUCAGAACGUACAGUUACCACAAUCGUGGCUUUAGAAGUUGGAAGAAACUUGUAAUUAACUUGGCUUUCAUUACCUUUAGGGGAAAUUUAAUAACAUAAAUGUUCAAGACCACUCAGUCCAACUUCUUCAGUCUUCUUGUAUUAUGUUCCAGUUUAACUAUUGAGCACUCAUAUAGUUGAUGAGGACAUCACUCUGGUACUGUGGACAUUAAAAAAUUAAUAUUAAUGUAUGUAUAUUAAUAUGUGAUUUUUUCUCUUUUUUUAGCUUCACUCAUGUUCCAGAAGUGAACUGAUUGCAAAAAGUGGGGAACUUCUGCAAAUGUUUAAUCAGGUAUUUAUAUGAUUUUCAGUGGUGUUUUCAUUAGCAUUGUUCCUCUCUUCAUAAUGCUGGAUUGGACCUGUAUUAUUUAAACAAGUACAAAAUGCAUAAAUAAUUUACAGUGGUUUUCAUUUAAAAGUCUGUUGAAAAAAAUUAAUGCUAGACUAAGUCUUAACUUCAUUUGUGAUUAAGCUAAGAACACUGUAUGGAUUAACAGGAUUGUAAUCGAGCAAUGUUUGAUAAAUUCUCAGGUUCAUCGAAAGCCAAUGGCAUCUUUUGUGAGCCCUCCAAUACCAGCUGACUUUUCAAGGUAAGUUUUCAAAAAUUCAGAAACUUCUUGUGGAUGAAACAGGUUUGUUUCAUUAAUAAUAUUUUUAUUAUUUAAGCCAUGUUCAAUUUAUUUUUUGCCUUGACAACCUCUCGUUUAUAUUGAAAAAAAGUUGUUUGAAACUACUGACAAUAAUUUAUUUUUCUACAAGCAAAUGCCUAGCACCUGAAUUUUCUCCUCCUAAGCCUUCACCUCGCCCUCCUCCUCUGCUCCCUUCCUUUUCUUCUCUUCAUCCUAGUUUUCAUCUGUCUCCACCUCUUCUUUCACCUCAUGCCCUUCCCACUCCUUUCCCCCCCUACCACCCCCCUUUUCAUCCCCUUUUCCUCUUGACUGCCCUCUACAUCCUCCGCAUCUUUUUCUGUUUUCUCGUCUGCCUUUUCCUCUCCCUCCUUCUUUACCUCUUUCCCUUUUCCCUUUUCUUACCCUGCCUCCUACUCCCUCUCCUCCUCUGCCUCCUCUUCCCCUAUAUCUUCGUCCUCCCCCACCUCCACAACCUCCUCCUUGGCUUCCCGUCUUUCUCCUUUUCCUCUCCCUCCUUCUUUACCUCUUACCAGGGUUUGCAAAUUUUAUUGAUGAGUGGAGUCAGUUUGACUUCUGCUUUACAAAUUUUGGAGGCAUUUUGGAAUAUCUGGAAUCAAGUUUCAGACUUUCCAGCAUGUGGUCCUGGCAUGUAUACACUAUCGUGAGGGAUACACGAAGUAGCUGUGGUGGUCCGCCGACCUGGAAAGCUCAAAUCCACUGGCGAUCAUCGAGUAAACUUUGAUCGUAAUUUACCUGUUUACCCUCUUCCUGUUUUGUUGUGUAUAAUUCUUUAAUUUCGAUGACAUAAUUAAGGUUUACAAUGUUUACAAUUAACGUAAAGUUUUUUGUUACCAAAAAUUUUUGGAGUCGAAGUGACUCCCUCCGUAACCUCAGUGGAGUCAUCUGAACAAUUUUGGCGUAAAAUACGCCAAAUUUGGCGUAUUGGCGAACCCUGUCUUACCCUUUCCCUUUCUCUUACCCUGCCUCCUCCCCCCUCUCCUCCCCUGCCUCCUCUUCCUCCAUAUCUUCCUCCUCCACAAACUCCUCCUUAGCUUCCCAUCCUUCUCAUUUUCCUCUUCCUUCUUGCUCUUUUCCUCACGAGUAAAUAUUUUUAUCUUGAUUUUUAGUGAAAUUGUGCCUGGAUAUGACACUAGCACAUUCUGCAUCACAAACUUCAGGUAUGUUGUUUCUCUAAGCUGUAUUAUAAGGCCAUCAAUGAUCACUUGCUGUUUAAACUCAUCGCCAAUUGAUGAGCUUGGGAACUGGUGCCUUAAAAGUUAGCAGGGAAGGGCCCAAGAUAAUUCAGGCACCGCAGGGAGGUCUCCAUGGCAACCCGGCAAGCGGGAACCACCCCAGUAGCAGCCGCUUACAGGCACCGUCACACUGAAACUAGUCCAGUGGAAAUACUUACCUAACCCGAUACUUACCUCUGAAAUCAAGAAGCCCUCUGGGAAGGGAGGGUGGGGCUAAUGAAUCCACAAAGAUUCGCUCACAAAAGCAUUGAUCGCAACGAUCGCUAGAAAGCAAGGCUGUACGUAGUUUGCCCCUGCGAACUGCAAAGGGGCGCCCCACGGAUCAUGUGCAAACUGGGUGAGACCACUGGCAGCAUUAGCUCGAGAUUAACCUUGCCUAAAUUACAUUUAGCCACAUAUAUUUAAACUCUUUUGGCUCAAGUAAUUUGAAUAUGCUUAUACAGUGGAACCUCCAUAUAACAAACCUCUCUAUAGUGAAGUUCUCGGUAUAAUGAAGGAUUUUCUUUACCCUAGAAAUAUUAAAUAUAUGAAAAGGAACCUGGUUUUGAAGAAACCUUGGUAUAGAUAACAGAUUUUUCCAGUAGCUUGGCCCUGCAUUACAUCGAGGUUCACUGUAGGAAGUUGUAAGGGUGUGAAAACAUAAAGAUCAAGGAAUGUUUCAAGGGGUUGGCAGCAGCUCAGUGACUUAAGAAGGUAUCAGAGCAAGCUGCAUGAAGCUGUUAACAUUUAAAAAUAGAUCACAAGCAUUGAAGGGAAAUCAGGAAAAAGAUGUUGGUUUGAGAACAAAUAAAUUGCUUUCUUAUGAAACCACUGGUAAGAGGAAGGGCUUGACGUCCUUCUCAGUGCAGAGGCUAUGGUUAGUUUUUAGAAAAAUAAUGUUAUUUUCCAUCAUUUAUAUGUCUCUGCAGAAAACUCUUAGCUGCAUUUUGUUUGCUGCGUUAUGUUCUAUCAUUCCAACAAUAUUAUUGAUAACUGUAUGGGAGAUGGAUUCAUAGCAUUAAGAAAAAGAGAAUUCUAAUAAUUGUUUAAAUAAUAUUCUAUACAAUACAACUAUGAUUAUGUAAGAUACAUUAACAUGUUCAAUUGUACUUUGUUAUUUAUAAACAUGUUUAGUUUACUGCGGCGGAAGGCAGAUCCUGUUUAUAGCGAGCCUCUAAAUGUCAGUGGUCUAAGCUGGAGACUCAAAGUUUAUCCAGUAAGUUUGUGAUUUCUGUGAGCAGGAGAGCAUACAUCUUAACUUACUUGUGACUUCUCUUGCCUGUAAAAUCUUUUAAUUCCAUUCUGCAAGAGUUUCAGGUGUUCACUUUUAUCAUUGUUGUUUUUUCAUUCUUUCUAAGGAUGGUAAUGGUGUGGUCAGAGGUAACUACCUGUCAGUGUUUUUGGAACUUUCAGCUGGAUUGCCAGAGACAUCCAAGUAAUUAUUCCAUCGUCUUGUUCGUCACUGAUCUUUGUUUUAGACUGACAGCAGUUGUAAGUCAGGGUUCUCAUUAAGUGCUGGCAACUGGCCUAAAAAUCCAGCUACUUCGAAUUUUGAGCUGCCUACUUUUUGAGGAAAAAGUGAAGUGAGGGAGUGAAAGCCUGAAAUUGCUUUCAGCACUAGAUUGCAAGCCGCCUCCUUUUCCAUUCUAAUUGUCUACUUUAAAACUAAAUGAGAACCCCUAUAAGUACAUUUUACAUAAUGUUAUGUAAUCAGUAAAUGAGAAAGCCCACCAUGUGAAGUUUCUUAAAAACAUAUUUUUCUUCUAUCCUUUAUAGUACGAUAAUUUUUUGUCAUUAUUUGUUUAUUAUUUAGAUAUGAGUACCGUGUUGAAAUGAUACACCAUGCCUCUCCAGACUCCAGCAAGAAUAUUGUGAGGGAAUUUGGUGAGUUUCAAGGGAUCUAAUAAGAAAUUGUUAAUUUACAUGGAGGGAAACGUUAAGCCUUUGUUUUAGAACUACUGUCACACACAGCUGGUGGUCUAUAUUUGUAACUGUUUUAGACUCUUCACCGUGAAGUGAGGCAGAUUUUCUUAUUAUUGUAUUGUAAUCCACAAGAUAACCAAAACACUAAGGAAGAAAGUAUUAUGCCAUAAAUAUCUUUUUUUUUCUCUCUCUCUCUCUUCAUUGUAGCAUCUGACUUUGAAGUUGGUGAAUGCUGGGGUUAUAACAGGUUUUUUCGGCUGGAUCUCUUGGUAGGUUUGACGUAUCUUUGUGUAAUCUGUACUUGUGUAUAAACUGCACACUUAGUUAUCAUUCUGUAACAUGCCCAAGGCGGGGCAAUAGGUUAAUCAUGUUUAUGUACAUUGUUGUAUGCGUUGAGCAUAUUGUGACUCUGCUAAUGAUGAUCAAAAUUUUCUCUAGGGAAGUGAAGGCUACCUAAACAUAGCUAAUGAUACAUUGAUUUUGAGAUUUCAAGUGAGACCCCCAACAUUCUACCAGAAGUGUAGAGAUCAGCAGUGGUAUGUUUAUUUUCUUGUCUAUUAUGCUGUAUUAUUGCUUGUGCAGACCACUUUAGGUUAGAGGGUGCUGUAACAUUACUAUGUAAGGUGCUGUGGGUGAUGAUGAUUUGCACAUAAAAUGUAGUUGUCAAAUUGUUGGCAUCAUUUUCUGAUCUAAUUCUACUUCUUGUAAUAUUUUAUUGUUCUUUUCUAUAUGUUUAGUAAGUAUAUUGAUUAUAAAAUUAAUUGAUUUGUGCAAUAGGUAUAUCAACCAACUGGAGACUGGCCAAACUCAGUACAUCCAACAGAUUAAUGAUUUAAAGGAGGUAAGAGCCAAUUUACCUUUUGACACAUUCAUCAAUAUUUAACGUAUGUUGUGGCAUACAGUGUACACAGGAAUUUUGGAAAAACAAGCGUAGGAUAAUAUAAGGUACCCUUUGUGAUCAGUGUGGUUUCUUGAAUCAACUCGAAUCAGCCAGAUUGUUUCGGUGAAAUACUAAUCUACUAAAGCAUCCAGUCACUGUGUUUCUUCUCUCUAUUGCAGCGACUUGCUAUUGAACUGUCCAGGAAUCACCCAUCUACAGCAGCAUCAGCAGCGGCAGCAGCUGCAGCUGCUGGAAGCAUCUCGGACACUAGUUAUGUGUCACUGCUAGAACAAUCGCUGGACAAUAUUGAGGAUGACAAUGACCUUGUGGUUACUAGGCAACAAGGUGACUCACAGGUAGUAGUGAGGCAAGGACAGUCUGCAAGGCCACGUGUUACAGUACACACUGCUGUGGAUGUAGAAACUGCCUCAGGUAUUGUGACCUUCUCUCUCGAGUACAACUUCUAAUAGCAGACACAACUUUUACAUGUAAUAAGAUUCUUUUCCUACACGCCUCAGCAGGCUUGUAAAUAACAUUUGGCAUGACCAACCAGGUUGUUAAUCAGACAAACCAGAAAAGUAGUCAUUCUCACAUUUUGCCGACUUUGUAUUUCUUUGACUUACGUCCUGUUGUAAACGGAAGCCUUAUGGAAGUGAUAGUCUUAAGUAUGCGAUCUGUGUGGUCAUUAUGUCCCAACUGAUGGAUUUUUUCCUGAAAUUGGAUAUAUUUUAGUCUGACAUUGUUGGAUGACCAACUUUAGUUGCCUUUUCUAGGCAGUUGAUUAUUAUAUCAAUCUAAGUUAUGGUAUGGUUUCUUUUAUCCAUAAGAGUGCAGAUACUGGAAAAUUUUUCUUGAUUUGUUCACCAGUCCAUCUAAUAUAGCCAAACUAUGACUGUCAACUUCUAUAAGUGCAUAUCCUUACAGGAACUUGCACAUUUCUUGAUCCCUUGUUCCAUCUUUAAUAUUAGACUCUGUCUAUCAAUACAAUUUUAUAUUAGGUCCCAGUCUGCCUGCAUCGGAGGAAGGUGAAGAGGUGGUUGAUGGAGACACUAAUGAAGAUGAAGAAGAUGGUGAUGAGGAGGAGGAGGAGGAAGAAGAAAAUGAGGAGGAGAUUUGUGCAGACAGUGGUGAAGAGGAACAGGAAGUGCAAGGGAGGGGUGAGGCUGAAGAGGACACUUCUGAACCGGAAGCCAGUGAGGAGGACUCGUCUUUGAGAGGUAUUGAUCUCACUACCCACCCACCCCUCCCUCUCAAGAAAACACGUUAUAUAAUCAUGAUUUUUUUCCUGGCAGAGACAGAGUACAAAUUCAUGAAAGUGAACCUGAUCUUUGCGGGAGAAUGAACAACCUGAGUGGUUGAAAAAAGAACCUAAAAAAAUUCAGGCUUGAUGGGGAAUCAAAUCCUGACUUUGCAAUGAACAGAUAUUCAAUACUUUAUCCAGUGAGCUAAUAAAGCUCACUGGAGAGCAAGUCAUUGUGAGUUUGUAAUAUACCUGAUGGUGGAAAUGAAAUGAGUUGAAAUAUGAAAUGAAUCAUAUUGAACUGCUUAUAAAGAGAUGAAAGUAGACAUAAUCUUUGAAUGAACAACCAAAGCAGAUUAAAAUUGUCGUACCAUACCAUUACAAGUUUAUCUUUCAUGUCACAGGUAGACCAUCCAAACAGCUGUUAGGAAAAUUUACAGUAAAUGUGUGACAUAAAAUAUCAUGCUCUCCUUUGCCUAAACUCAGUUCAGAUGGUCUGCUUGUGUUCACAUCAUGAGAAAUCUCCCUUGUUAAUAGGCCUUUCCCGAUUGCGCUCUUAAAAUCCUUAAAAAGUGCUGGCAAAAAUGGCUAAAAAGUGCUCAAAAAGUGCUCAAAAUCUCAAAAUAGUGCUCAAAAAGUGCUGAAAGUUGUGAACAGUUACCUCUAGACACACAGUUUUUGCUUUAAAAUGUUUUAGAAGACAUAUGUUGAUCGAAAUUUGCUCGAAAUGUGAAAUAUUGCUCAAAUGUUGCCCAAAGUGCGAAAAAGUGCUUAAGGGUGCUCAAAAUGCAAAAUAGUGCUCCAAACUCAAAAAAGUGCUCAAAAGGUGCUCAGCGCAAUCGGGAAAGGCCUACUUGUUAACUUGUUUUUGAGGGUCUUGAUUUUUUUUCCCUUAAAAAAGAGUAUUUAUACAAAUUAUAGCAGACUAAAAUUUUUAAAGCAAUUUAAAUUCAAAUUGUUUCAAGGGUAGGAAUAGGCCUUUUUCAAAAAUACCAUGAUGAUUUUUUUUGUUAUCCCUCCAAAAUUUUCAUAAGCAUUGUUUUCAAAUUUCUCUUGAGCGUUUUCAACUUCUCUUUGCCUGCUUGGAACCAGCAAACAAGCUAAAUAGCUUUUUUAAGUUUUAAUUGUCCUGUUGUAUAUUAAAUUUUCGUGAUUGGCAAUGUAAUGACAGUAGGUAAUGUAAUUAAAGUUACAUGUUGAAAGCUGCUCCAUCAGACAUUUGCCUGCAUCUUGGUUUCAGUUGAGGCUCUAGAGGAGGAAGCUGUCACACCUGAAUGUUUACACAGCUCUGAGAGUCCGCGGGAAGAACAGCCAGCUCCACCGCACAAAGAUCAGAAUGAAGCAUGGAGCGUUGAGGACGUUCACCUGGAAUUCUUUGACAUCAACUGCAUGCCUGAGCAGCGUGAAGAAGUGCAAGCGAAGCCAGAUGGAUCGUCUUCUCAGGCAAGCUGUGCUACGUGUCAUUCCUCUAACCAGGGUCCUGUUAUUGAUGCAGAGGAAAGAGCGCUGCUAAAUCUGCUAAGGUUUGACAACAGGGGACCAAGAGGUUCGCGAUGGAAUGCUUCUGCAGUGUCCAGGAGAUAUGUGACUCUUGUUGGAUGGCCCAAGCGGGGGGAUGAAGAGAGGAUGAAACACAGAGACAGGGUGAAAAAGAGGGCGCGGUUAGAGAAGACCAACAGCAUGUUGGAGAGGCUGCAGAGCUGUUUAAACCGGGCAGAGGCUCAUAAAGCAGCUGCGGCUUCUCUUGACAGUGCUAAAGCCCUGGAAGGUAGAGUGCUAGAUGCUAAUUAAUGAUGACUCACUACCAAGCUUAACACUCUGUUUGCAUUGUUGGUAAUACAGUCAAUUCUCUCUUAGUGGACACCUCUGUAAAAUGGACCCUUUAUUUGACUCCCUACAAGAGGGACAUCACUUAGUGCUGGUCCCAAAGGUGUUUGUCUUGGGGAGAGUUAACUGUAUUGUGUAUCAACAACAACACAGAAAAGCACUAGCAACAACCACAUUGACAUGAGAACGAAUAGCUGAGGAGAGAUCUAGGUUUAAACGUGUACCAUUUUAAGGUUUAUUAAAACCACUAAUCUUGUUGGGUCUUUUUUCGGGGGUGGGAAGGGGGUGGAGUGAGGGGGUUUAGGGAAACAUCUUUAGUUAAUCGACUAUCAUCAGGAGAGCAUGAAGUUUGUGCCUGUCUCUAUUUGACAGUUAGCUUGGGAGCAAGCUCUCUCCGGGUGGCUCUAGCAGGGGGGCAGGAAUUAGAAAAGGAAGGAGAGCUUGCAACUAUGUCUCUGGAAUUUGAAUAUCGGCAUCAAAAAAGUCGAUGUGAAAUGCUGAUUGGUGGAGACGACAUUAGCAAAAAUGUCAUUACUCUUGCUACAUGUUUUUCAAUGUUUGUUUACAUUUGUGUUCAUUUCCGCUUUGCGCUGAUUGGCACGCAGAAAUCUGACAGCUCAGUCUACGGGGAGCCACAGGAGAAUUGGAGAUGGAAUUCAAAUUCCAGAGACAUAGUUGCAAGCUCUCCUCCAUUUUCCUGCCCUGCUGCCUGAGUGCCCUGGAGAGCUUGCUCACAGGCUCUAUGACUAUGACAGUUACUUUAUCUGCUAAGAAGUUUAUAUGCAUAUGCGUUGCUCCCUUUUUUAGAAUCGCUGUUGAAUGGCAGCCAAAACAAGUUGUCAAAAUCUGGUAACGUCAGACCUCAUCGCAGAGGUGCCUCACUUCCAAGCUUGGAUACUGCUUCAUCCAAAAAAGCUGGUGUGAAUUGUUAGCUUGAGUUUGUUUGUUUCUGUAUAGCUUUCAUUUUGCCUCAAAUGGAUAAGUCUUGAUGUAAUGACUUAUUACCUACUGUUGUGCUGAGUCUAUAAACCAGUAGAAACUGCUGAAGUGAUAUUCCAACUUAUUGCCUAGAGUUGUGUGAAGUAUGUGCCCCUCAAAACAAAUAUAUAUUUAAUGAUUUUGUCUUUGAGCUUAAAAAAAAAAAAGUUAAGUGGUGUCAUUGUGAUGCCAUUUUCAAGUUCAACACUUUGAACUUGAAAACAGUAUCACCUUUUACUGGUUUUUGUAUUACAAAGCCUUUGCUUAUUGGAAUGUAACAAAUGCAAAUGUUCAUCAUAACAAUUAUUGCAGCUGUCCUUUGUUACACCGCAUAAUGCCCUACCCAACAAAGAAACUUACCAGUUAGUUGUUUGGGGAGACUAGUCUUCAUACUAAUGUGUGUGUUGUUUGAUCAAUGUUGUCAGGUGGAGUCACAGCUUGUAGCAUGGCUCCUGAUCAUGACGUAGGAUGUGUUAGUCCCGAACCUGACAUUUCAGUACCUCAUCACUUACCAGAAAUGGACACAGACACUCCACGGUAUAGUAAAGUUGUUGUUUGCUUGUCUGUCUUCUAAGAACUCCUCAUACACAUAAGGCAUUUUGUGUGGCUAUUGAUUGUGGGAAAAGUGGUUUUCUGUAGGGGCUAUUGAAGGUUGCCCCCUCUCUCCACCUGAUCCAGAAAAAUGUGAGGCCCUUUCAGGGUAAAAUUCCAACAAGCAACAUGGUUUUGAAACAGCUAAAUAAGGCAGCUGAAAUUUCAACAACCGACACAAAGACAGGUUGAAACUGCCACAGGGACAUAGAAAAGCUGAGAUACAAUUGUAAAAUACUGACAGGAACAUGCCUUUACCCUCCAUACGUGAUGUGACGGGCUGAAAUUCAGACUAGGGAAAUACUUACUCCCUGCUGCCAUAUUCAAUUACCAAAAUACUUUAACUAUAUUUGCCCGCCUUUCUGAACAUGAGUUGGUGGUCUUUGCUCUAUGUAAGUUAGUUAGCCUGCUCCAAGUAAGUCACCAAUCCUGUAGUAUAAAAAAAAAAAUCACUAAUUGUUGAUUUGUUUUCAGCUCUCGAAAUAAAGAUACUAAACGGAAGGUACAUAGAACCAGCACUAGCGCCUCUUUGGUUGGAAGCGAAGGUAAUACCUUACAACUGAAAUGUUGGGCAGAAUAUGUUAAUAUUAUCUGUAAUAAAAAAUUUUAGAUUUCUUAAAUUAUUAGUAGGUAGCCAGUUAUUUUAAACAGAACUCAAUGGACUAGUUUGCAGUCUAAUAAGUGCAUGGCUUUCGCUUAUUAUAAAUUUUGAUAACCUGCGGAUUUGUGAGGUACAUAACUGGUGACGUUUUCUCCUUCCUGCCUUCCUUUUACGCAAAUUUUCAUUGAGAGAGAUGUCUGGGUAUGAGGCUUAGCAAAAAGACUGUAUUCUGCUCUUGAACAUAAUUCUGUUAAAAUUAUUUUGGCUCUGAGUCUGUUAAUUUUUGACAAUAUGAUAUCAUCAUUGUCGUCUAUUUUGCAGGUCUUCAGUUGAGCUCUCAGUUGUUGUCAGAUCUAAAACGUGCUUCAACUAUCAAUAAAACCUACAGAAUGAGAUACUCUGCAACUGAGGAAGAACUUCUGCAGUCGCUAAGCAACGUAACUCAGUCUGUUCCUGCACAAGGUAUCUUCACAUGAAAAGAGAAAGUCUACCGAAAUUCAUUGAUGCUAUAUGACACGUACAAGUUAUAUUAUAGCAUUCAUUUUGUAGCGAAGCUUUUUGUAUGAUGCAAACAUUUCGAUCAUUAAUUUUGUGAAAUUUUCCAAAGAUUUUAGAGAAGUUGAGACAGUUAUCUUGUUUGUAAAGAGGCUUUCUAGUGAGGGCUAGAUGUAAGAGGAACCCAUAGGAAGGUUCACUCCCCCCCUCCCCCCACAGUUAUCUUUUGGUUUGCAUUGCUCAGUCUCAGUUUUCUUUAAGCCUUAUUGCCAACUGGAAGUCGAUCCUGUUCACUCUGGGAUCAAUUUAAUAAAACGUUACAAGUGUAAUCAACCCUCCAAGUUGUGACCAUUUUGGUUGCCAGGGCACCUAAUAUUCUGGAGCUGGUGACUUGAUUUGUAAAAAAAUCUCCCUAAACCAAAAGAGUUGGUUGCCAAGUGGCGACCAAGCAAAACUUUAACUUGAAGGGUUGGUAAUUUACUCAGACUCUAAAACAAUGGUUACUCUUGUAUUAAUAAAUAUUAUUACAGUCAUAAAGGUUUUAUUAAAUUGAGCCCUGGUUAGCAAAACCUUAAAGUUUAUAUAAUAAACAAAUGAUAAUUAUAAUUAUAUUUGUUUUCUUCAAAGUGUUAAAUGAUUAUGCAUGUUUUUUUUGGCAGAUUGUAAGGUAGACUCAACAUUACCAUUACCAGAUGACUAUCUUCCUUCCUUCAGUUCACUGCCUGGUUCCUCCCCUGGUGGAGGGGGAGAGUAUCACUUGGUACAUAUCAGUCCUGAUGAGCUGGGUGAUAACUCACCCCCCACCUCUCCCCCCACAGUAAUGACUAGAAAGAGAAGCUCGCCUACAGCUAGCAACAGCAGCAGAGAAUCUGAGAAUAGCUCCACAGGUGCCUCCGGUAUGUUUAUCUUAAAAUUCCCAAAUUCAUCAUACAAGGUCUAAUGCUUUUCAAAUUUAAGCGGGGAGGGGCUGCAUAUGGAGUGGUAUUAUUUCUUUUCGAAAGUGUUAUGGUAAAUAGUAAGUUAUAAAUUGCUGAUUUGCAAAAAAAAAAAAAAAAAAAAAAUUGAAAAGGUUUUCAGGAAUUGGGGUCAAUAUUUUGGCUUUGCUCUUUUACACAUUCAUGAAUUUGCUCAGGCCACUCUCCAAAAGUUGUAACUGGCAAGAGUUUUUGCUGACAAACCAUCUCCGUUGUGUGUAUUGAUUAUUUUAGUCUCAGGACAGUUUUGAUUAAAAACCAUCUCCGAUCUGUUGUGCAUAUAGCCUGAAUUUCAUCUGAUUACUUUGAGUCAUUAUUGCUCCCACAGUAACGUGUUACUGAGGGACUAAUAACGACUCGAAGUAAUCGGAUGAAAUUCAGGCUAUUGUGCAAAGGGAUUUGAUUGAUCUGGCUGGAUAGUUUUGAUUAAAAAUGAAAUUCGCAUUACAUAGGGAAUGGUCUGGCUCGUCAGUUCUGACAAAUGGAUGUCCUAAGAUUAUAACAGAUUUACUGUUUUCUCUCAAUGUCCUUCUAUAGGAAGCUCAAGUCCUCAGCUAAAUGACAGUGGUACACAAGAAGAGAGAGGGCGAGUUGAUGCUAACUAAGUAAAGACCAUGUGGACCCAAAUAACUGGAUAAUUUAUGAAGAUAAUUAUUGCAAUAAUGUAAAUCAACAUGAUUUCAGAAAAAGAGAUAUAUUAUUUAUUUAUUAUUGGUGUAUAAAAAAUAGUUUCUUGUUACAGCACAUAAGUUAUUGAUAAUUAUAAUAUCGGUGUUCAUUAGUGACAGUUAACACAGUUGCUCUGAGGUGAUGUGAGCUCUGAGCCAUUCUCCUUACAUGUAAAUUCCGGCUCUAUCCCUCAGUUUUGGAUCAAGGAUAACUUUUUCCCAAAAUUUCUUCCAAUCUGAUGUUUCUUUCUGAUACUAACAGAGUGACAUAGCCCAGCCCCAUAACAUGCUGUCCUUUACUCCCAACACAGGUUUAUUGAUACUGAAAGAUAAGUAGGUCAAGUUCAAAUUUGAUGAUUGUUCUGCCAAGCAAGUUUGGUUAGAAGACAGUUCAACUGUUCACCACAUUUCCAAAGAUAAUUCGGUUGCAAAUGUUGCUCUGAACAAGUUACCAAAUCAUGGGAUUUUCAAGAAAACAGGCCAUGUAGCUUCUGAGGAAAAGGGGUGGAUCAAGGGGGAGGGUGCAGGGGUGUGUACACCUCCCCCCUGACAUGACCUGCAGCUUUCUGAUACAACUGGUAUUCUGUAUUAAAAUUUGUUUACGUCACCAGUCAGUUACGCCAUUUCUUAGUGAUGCACUCCCUCCUAAGAAAAAUCCUGGAUCAGCCCCUAAGGAAGAUGAAUAAAUUUUAAAUGCUGUUAGCUUCUGUUGUUUGGCUGUACAUGUCUUUUAUAGAGCCCUUCAACACAUAAUACAUUUUUUGUUUAGCCUGCGAGCAAGCUCUUUUUGCUUUACCUCGCCCCCAAUAUGAGCCCAGGGAGAUCACUAAGAGAGUUUGCAGGUCAGUUUUUGUUUAAAAACACGUGGGCAUGUCCAUGUGUUUUGGCCUUGUUUCAAUG